AUGACCAAUGAGAAGAAGGAUAAUAAUAAUGGCAAAGUAGGCUCAGAGUCACUCAAAGGACCAUUUAAAAAGGGCUCGUGGGUUGAAUUUGGCACGAAGAAAUUCAAGCAGGAGGAAGUAGAAAGCGAGGAAGAUACGGAAAAGAUGGGUGAGAUGGAAGAUAAAGGCCUUGAUAUGAAGUGA